AUGGGGAAGAAUGGUAGGUUUGGAAAAGAUUAUGGCAGGGUCGUCGGCAAAGACAACGACUCACGGCCAGGGUGGAAAGGCCCGGCAUUCGUCAAGAAGGCAGAACCAUCCAAGUCCAAGGCAAAAUCUUCAAAGACGUCUGAAGGGAAAGAUUCUUCAAAAGAUCUUCCCUCAGAACCAGAGAUCUUGAUCCCUCUCGAGCUACAGCAGCUUCUUCUUAACAUAUUCCGAGAUUCCUUUUCUACCGUCUUAACAUCAGACACACUGCUGCCUCUGCUACAAGAUGUCAAGGCUGCACUGUUUGAUAGAGAUUUCACCCGGGCUUUUGGGAACAGCGAAUAUCUAGAGGCUUAUGCUGCUCGUUGGAGUCCAAGCAGAGCCCUCUGUUACCAGACCAUUCUAGUCGAUGUUCAAAAACACAUUUCUGAGAUCAUCCGCGGCCGAAGCGAUAUCGAGCCAAGCGGAGACCACCAGCAAAGCGUUAAUGGGGAUGUUCCCAGAUCCCAGCUAGAUGCUGUCAGCUUUGGAGGUAGUGCGGCAGAAGUUAUUGCAUUUGGUGGUUUCCUCCGAUACUUGCAGAACGGCUCGACCCCGCCAAAAGCUGAUGGCAUCACGAAUGGAGAUUUAAAAGAUCAAUCAAGUCCAGACAAUUCACUCAACGUCAAUUUACUGCUCCUCGACUGCGCUGGCUGGGAAGAUGUAGUGAGAAAACUACACAACGGUCUCGUCACCCCUCCGCCAUUAUCAAAAUAUGCAAGCGCAUCAGCAAAAGCCGCAAAUUCAUCACUCAUUACUGAUGAACAUAUCACCUCGAACUUCCGCUUAGACGACAUGCUGAGCUUAACCCGAGAUCAAUUGGAUGGUCUCGUUGGCGCCCGGCCGAUGCUUCUUACCCUCCUUUUCACGUUGAAUGAGCUGUACACGGCAUCAAUUAGCAAAACCACAGCGUUCCUCUUGAAUCUAACCAUGACUACGAAGCCAGGAUCCUUGUUGCUGGUUGUCGAUAGUCCGGGAAGCUACUCGGAGACUCGCAUUGGGACGGAGGAAAAGAAAUACCCUAUGAAAUGGCUGCUCGACCACGUUUUGCUUGAGAGUCAGAGGAUCAUGGAGCCACGGGAUGGCAAGCGGCAAGAAGCUCCCCCUGACUGGGUGAAGGUGGUAUCUGAGGAUUCUAAGUGGUUUCGCAUGCCUGAGGGAUUCCGGUACCCAAUACCACUGGAAAACAUGCGUUAUCAGAUACAUCUAUAUCGACGGGUUUGA